AUGCAGGCCACUACAGUGGUAGAAACAGAUGCUGAUAAAAACUACCAUAAAAAUGGAGGAAACCUCCAAAAAGAUAAACUUUAUAAUAAUCCUAAGAAAGAAAGUGUGUUCAAUGGUUGCAAUGAAGUCAUAUUUUUUCCUGAUGGUGAAUGGGAUUCCUUGGCAGCAGAACAAAGAGCUAGUGACAUAGAAAUCAGCAAUAUUGACAAGACAGAUUUAUCAGAACCAUCUUUUUCAGUAAAUCAAGAUAGUAAUGUAGAGAAGAUUUUCUCUCAGUCAAGUGAGUUUGAAGACAGUAUUGACUAUGCUUUUUUGAAUGAGACAUACUCUAUACAUUGCUCAGAAUCAAAACUCAAGAAUGAAAAUCUUCCACAUUCAUAUUCAGAAUUACGUCCUGAAGUGCACAAAAAAGUGGAAGCAUUGUUUGACAUUUUAGGACCUCAAGCUAACGAUAGUGUUGGAUUGGAACGGAGCCAUGAGAUUUCCGGUGGAGCUUGUGGCGACGUGCACAAGAGUGGUGUGGACGGCGACGACUCUCAGCAGGAGUACCACAGUGCAGAGCAGGAGAGCAUAAGUGCGCACUUACCUUCCGACCCAGCUAAAACAGCAAGCAAAUCCAGCCUGGAUGUCAGUGAGUCGAGAGCACCCGGCUAUGGCAUUAAAUGUGUUGGCAAUUUAGAAGAUAACCAUGUUAAAUUCGAGAGUGGUCCUAGCGCCUCUUUGGAGUCACUUAGUGUCUUUGCACAAGAAUGUGCACCUCAGGCCUCUAAAUCUCAGAGUUCUGAUAUGUUAAAAGAAUAUCAUCAACCAAAAUUUGAAAAGUCUAAAGAACAAGAGGUUGGUUUACUAACCCAUAAAGUGUUUGAUGACGUUUUACAGAGAAGCAGCUCUCCCUUAAACCCUCAGAAAGUACCCCAAACUAAAAUGUUUGCUAAAGAAGUAAAAUCUCAGACAAUUGAAAGUCAAGAUUUUUGUGGAAGUAGAAUUUUCCAGAAUAAACUAUUACAGCGCCCUGAGAACCCUAUCUCGUUUCCCCAAGACCAAGACCUUGAGACACAACUGAAGGCUAAUAAUACUCACCAGACUUCUGGGGCUUCUAUUUUUGAUGACUCAGUCAUUUCUCUCUGUGGCUCUUUGCAGUACAAAAGCCUCCCUGAAGCAGGCUUUUUUUCUCCUGUGCUGUCAAGGGUAGCAGUCACAGAUAAUCAGGCAGAAGUAGAGGACAGCUGCAUACACUACGUAAAAGGCGGUGCCACAAGUAAAACAUGCCCUCCUGAUGUGAAAGAAGUGUGUCUUAAGUCAGUGCCAGAUGCAGCGAGCUGUUUGUUUACAGGUCCGCAGACACUGGACCUGAGCAGAGGAGCAGAUGCAAGAGCUUCUGUAGUGUCUACCUCAAGCAACACAGAGAUCACGAUGAGAAAACAUCAGUCUGAUGUGUGGCAGAGUGAGAAACAAAGCGUAGCUUGUAAUACAGACUGGUCAUGCAGACAGGAUUGCAGAGAUGCACAGAUGGCUGUGUCAAAAGAGUCAGGAAGGUCACUCCUAAUUGACUGUUUACAUGCCCUGAAUGAGAAUUCCUUGGAAUUAAGAAAAACAUCUGAUACCACAGACAAAAAGAAACAUCCUGAGAGGGCAUUUCAGCUUUGUGAAGAGAUGGCUUUGCCAUCAAAGUGUUGUGAGCAGACCUUUGAGAGGGCCGUGAAGGCAGAGAUGCACCUUCUGGACGUCUGCUACCAGAUGUGCCGUCGCCACUGCUAUCACAUCCACAAGCUUGUAAUGGAAAGUAAAGCAGGACUCAAUAGGAAUUUACCAAGCAAUUCUGCUAAGAAGGAAUUAGGAUCAACACUGCUAUCAGUUCUGGGAGACUUGAAAGUUAGGUACAUGAACUUGAAAGAAAAAGUCCACAAGGGCAUACCAUUGGAAGAACUGCCUCCACUGUCAAUGGAGUCCAAACUGUUAGCCGCCUUCUCCGAUUUUGCUUCCGGGCUAAUGGAAGAGGAAGCAUGUGGCCUUUCAGGAGCAAAUUCUGAGCUGGAUAAUCAAAGUGUACCUGAUGUAGAUACGUCUCCGAGCCUACAAAAGACAUUGUCCCAGAUAUCUUUUGUAUCUGACAAUAAUCAUCUUAAACAAGACAAAUCACCCAUGAAUGAUGGAUUUAAAAAUGGUGAUAUAAAUAUAGACUUUACUCAGCUGAAACUCGAUGAUAAAGAAUACAAAAGCGUUUGUGAAGUAAGUGAGGACUGGUUUGAUGCAACAGAGAGGCUGACUGGAAUUGACUUCUCGGGGACUCAAGAACAUGGAGCAGAACAGGAUGGGUGGAACCCAAAGAGUCCAUUAGAAAUGAAGAAUGGUGAACUGCUUCGAAGAAGUAAAGGCUUUUUGAUACAUGUUGGUGGUCUUUGCCCUUCUGUAUCUGAGGCUGAUUUAAGGUCUCAUUUCCAAAAAUACCAAGUUUCUGAAAUUUCAAUUUAUGAUUCUACCAAUUAUAGAUAUGCAUCUCUAGCUUUUACAAAAAACAGUAAUGCAAAGAUGGCUGUGCAGGAAAUGAAUGGUAUAGAAAUCAAUGGAAAAUCAGUGAACGUGCGGCUUGUGAAAAUCCCUGGAGAACACACACCACCACUUUUGUCCAGAAAUGGGAAUAGCACUAGUGUGAGUCAUUUGGAGAAAAUGACCAACAAAGAAGGCACCUUUGCUUCUUCCACUUGUCGACUGCCCCGAGCUAGACCAAGACAGCCGGAGUCUGAGCAAGACAGUGAGUUUCCUCCCUUGGAGCAGGGUGUCAAGAAAAACUGUAACCAGAUUGAAUCUGCUCGAUUAUUACCUGAGACACCUGUUUCAUUCAUACCUCCAAAUACAAUGAACCUUCGUAGCUUUACCAAGAUCAUGAAGAAACUGGCUGAGCUGCAUCCAGAAAUCAGCAGAGACCACAUUAUAGAGGCUCUUCAGGAAGUGAGGAUAAAUCAUAAAGGUUUCCUGAAUGGCUUGUCCAUCAAUACCAUUAUCAAAAUGACUUCAUCUUUUCUGAGAAACUCUGCUUCCCGCUAG